UUGAGUUUUUAGCACUCCCUUGGUAUAUACUGCAUGGUAGAAAAGAAGCAUUAGGUAAUUCAGAUAAAAUAGAAUCAAAGAAGCUCUAGUGGAAUUUUAUCCGCAAUGAAAGCGAUUCGCGUACUAUCCUUCGGAGGGCCCGAAGUACUUAAGCUCAUGUCGGAUGUGCAGGUUCCAAGUGUUUCCAAUGGGCAGGUCUUAGUAAAAAUUAAGGCAGCUGGAAUCAAUCCUGUUGACACCUACAUAAGAAGUGGAACUUAUGCCAGGAAGCCAGCUUUGCCUUAUACCCCAGGUUCUGAUGGUGCUGGUGUGGUACACAGUGUGGGAGCAGAUGUAACACAAGUGAAAGAAGGAGACCGUGUUUAUGUCUGUGGCAGCAUAACAGGAACAUAUGCAGAAUUUGCUCUGUGUAACAGUAGCAAUGUGCAUCUUUUGCCAGAGAAUAUUUCCUUUAGUCAGGGAGCAGCUAUUUAUGUGCCAUAUUAUACCGCUUACAGAGCAUUAAUACAAAGAUUACAUGGAAAGGCAGGAGAAACAGUUUUAGUCCAUGGAGCAAGUGGAGGAGUUGGCAUAGCUACGGUGCAACUAGCCAAGGCUUAUGGAUUAAAGGUGUUAGGAACAGCAGGGACGGCAGAAGGGGAAGUGGCAGUGAAACAGGCAGGGGCUUCAGAAGUGUUCAAUCACAGAGAAGAUGGAUAUGUUCAAAGAAUUUUGGAUGCAACUGGUGGUUGUGGUGCAGACGUUAUUGUAGAAAUGCUGGCAAAUGUCAGUUUGGCCAAAGAUCUUCAACUUGUUGCAAGUAAAGGGCGCAUAGGGGUUGUUGGCAAUAGAGGUACAAUUGAAAUAAAUCCAAGAGAAACCAUGGCUAAGGAAUCCAGUAUUGUUGGUGUUAUGUUAGGUCAAGCUAGUGAGGAGGAGAAACAAGAAAUGACAGCAGCAAUAGCGGCUGGGCUCUAUGCAGGAUUUCUCAGUCCAGUUGUUGGACAUGAAUACUCAUUAGACCAAGCAUCAGAGGCACACAGAGAUAUUAUAGAAAGCAAAGGAGCUAAGGGAAAGCUAGUCUUACUUACAUAAUCAAAAUAUGUUGUGUAGCCUUCGAACAAAGUGUGGAUGAUCCCACACUGAUUACAGGUUGUGGAAGCCUACUUUUUGGGUGGGUAUUCAAAGAAAUGAACCCUUGUCCUUGUCAAUGGAGUAUGGGGUACUUUUUUUUUUAACUCUAUGUGGUGGGAUAUGUAAGGUGAGUUCAUGUGUAUUCAAAAUUGGUUUGGAGAUCACAUUUGAUAUGAGUAGUAGGGAUGGUGAUGAUUUUAGUAGUACAGAUGGGGUAACUUUGAAUGUUGUGACCUUGGUCUGACAAGGCAUACUGAAUUAAAAAAAUAAGUUGUACACACAUAUUCAAGGUAGGGUCUUUUAGUCUAGUAUAGUGGUUGAACAUUAAUACUCCUUGAAGAAAGUGUCGGAAGCACUGGGGAGGGCGCUUGGAUUGUUGGCCACUGCAGAGAGCUCUGAGAGCCAAUACUUUUGUUUUAGAUGAAACUAUUCAAAGGGCAGUUAUUCAAAGCUGUAAACAGUCUUACUUGUUUUUGUAAUAAUUUAUAAGUGUAUUUUUAUUUCCUAUCAACACAGAAGAAUGUGUGAAGUGUGAUAGGUUUGGAGAUUGCACUAAACUUGUAAAACAGGGAUGCACACUUAGAGUUUGGUAGAGUAAACUCUUUUCAUCCCUCUUCACCUGACACAUGAUCAUUAACUUUGAUCAAAAUGAAUGUUAUGUAUAGGGUGGUGUUAAAGAGCUACAAGAGCAUAGGCAAUAAAAAGAAAGUUCCAAGAAGAAGGUUCUUAAUUUUCUAGAUUAUGAUUGCAUAACUCUCUCAACUCUUUGUACUAUUUGUGUGAAGCUUUCUCAUACAAGAGGUAGAAACAACCCCAAUCCUAGCCACUCAAGAAUCUAUGAAUGUUGCAUUGGCUGGGUGGCAUGCUUUCACGCUGUAAGAACCAAGUUGUCUUAUUACGGGGUGAUAAAAAACUGCCUAAGCUAAUAAGUCAUGGUGUUGAAAAACCGAUAAACUUUUGAAAAAGCUCAAUAUUGAACGAAA